AUGCUACUGCUACUUCGACCCCAAUCACGACAUUUUACAUCAACUUCCAAACGAGCUGAGGAUAUCUUCAAUGACGUCUUCAUCACCAAUACGUUACGAACGAAUAAGCUGGAGAACGAGUUCGUCAAAUGCACGAUCUACGAUAGCAAAGGCAACAUGGUGUGCCACGGCAAGAACAUAAGAAAGGCUAAAUUUAUGCGUGAUUACGGUCUUCUUUCUAGAGAUCUACGAAAGGUUAUCAGGUCUCACUCUCCAGGAGCAAGGACGGCUGGAAUGAAGGCAAAUGUGGAGUUUGUGCCCCUGCUUGUCACCAGAGAUGGCAGUAUCUUGUUGAACUUAUUGAAUAUCCGAGCUUUGAUUCGCCACGACACCUUGGUUGUGUUUGAUGCUCCUACUACUACCUUCUCGCCCUCAUCGAGGUUUCAUGAAUCGCAUUCCCACGGCGUCUUUCUCCAGGAAAUGGCAAAAAGGCUCAAAGCUGAUCAUCCUGACGCCCCCAAGCUUCCUUAUGAAUUCAGAGCACUUGAGGCAAUCCUUAUAGACGUCACUGCAAAUCUCAAUACUGAACUCAAGGUCCACAAGACAGUACUCUCCAACAUUCUAGCUAGUCUAGAUGACUCCAUCGAGCGCACGAGACUCCGGUAUCUCCUUAUCCAAUCGAAAAAGCUUUCUCAGUUUUACCAAAAGGCAAAAUUGACCGGCGACCUCCUAGAUGAUCUACUUAAUCAGGACGAUGAGCUCAAUGCUUUGUACCUUACAGAAAUAGAGCAAGGCAGACCUCGAACAUCAUUUAAUCAUCAAGAAGUCGAGCUCUUGCUCGAAUCUUACUAUACCACCAUCGAUGAGAUCAUCCAAACAACCAAAAAUCUAAUAUCUCAAAUCAAAACUUCUGAGGAAAUCAUCAAGUUUGUCCUAGACGCCAACAGAAAUGAUUUAAUGUUACUCGGCUUACGGUUUUCAAUUGGCUUAUUAUCCAUGGGUGCUGUAUUAUACAUUGCCGCCUUGUAUGGAAUGAACUUAGAGAACUUCAUCGAAGAAAUCGAUGGCGGCUUUGAGGGCGUCGUUAUCGUCGGUCUGAUCGCCUUGGUAAUUUUAUUCUUCUACGCCCUCAAGCAUCUCAAGCAGGUGCAAAAGAUCACCAUGAGCGAUUUGCCAAAAAAAUCUCGCAUUCCUCAAAAGAGGGUUUAG